UUUAACUGUAGGAAUCCUGGCUAUGGAUUGGCUGACUGUCCCAGAGGCAGACAGAGACAGGAUAUGGGAAGGGACAUCUGUGGAUCCACUGAACACGAGAUCUAAAGCUGCCACGCUAAAAUAGACCCAGCCCUGGAUGAAUGCCCAUAUGCCAAGAGUUUCAUCUGUGGUAAGACUGGUCACAUGUCCAGGUCCUGCCCAGACAACCCCAAAGGACUGUACACCGCAGAAGGAUGUUGUCUUGUGUGUGGUUCAGUAGAACACUUCCAGAAGUACUGUCCUGAGUACCAGGCUGCAUCUAACCAAGUGACCUUGGGCUGGCUGUUCAAUAACAUGAGUGCUGACCAUGAGGAAGUGCACGUGCCUGUGAAGAAACUCCUUCCCAAACAGGCCAUGGUAGUGGUCUUCUGA